AAUGGCUUUACAGGAGAGGCCUAUCCAACUUCUAAACCAUUAACGGACAGUUCUUUGAGUUGUAUUCUUGAUUGAUUAGUGAGUUAAGCAUCUAACGAGUAUAAAGUCUGUGAUUGUAGUCCCGCCAGUUUCGAUCUCUUCUUCUGAUUUUCUUUUGUUUGUUUGGAAUCAAAAGAAAGGGAAAGAAAAUCAAAGAAAGUGAUUGAUUUUCUUAUUGGUAUUACUGAGGAGGUUCAGGUCGUAUGAUGUUGUGUGGUGUAUUAAAAGAUCAAAUUCAGAAUUGGCUUCGCGAUUAUGAUAGGCUACAAUACUUGGCUGUCAUCCUCAUUUACAUUCAGAUUGGCUGCGCGUUGAUUGGAUCACUUGGGGCAUCGUACAACGGUGUGUUGCUCGUCAAUUUGGGAAUUGCUUUGUUUGCGCUGGUCGCUAUAGAGAGUAGCAGUCAGAGUUUGGGUCGGACCUACGCCGUUCUUCUCUUUUGUUCUAUUCUGCUUGAUAUUUCUUGGUUCAUUCUUUUCGCUCGUGACAUUUGGAACAUUUCUUCAGAGAAGUAUGGGAUGUUCUUUAUCUUUUCAGUGAAACUCACCUUAGCGAUGCAAAUUGUUGGAUUUUCUGUGAGGUUGUCAUCCUCAUUGUUGUGGAUUCAGAUUUACAGAUUGGGAGUUUCCUAUGUAGAAAGCAGUGGUCCUCGAGAAGCAGAUUUUGAUUUAAGAAAUAGCUUCCUCAGUCCUGUAACUCCAGCUGCAGCAAGAGAAAGCUCAGAUUCUGAUGUUGCUUUAGGGGGCUCCGUUUAUUAUCCAGCUUAUUACUCACCACUGUUUGAAGAUGGUCGGAACAAUGGAUACCUACAUUUGGAUCAAAGUUCCAGUAUUGACAAUGGGUCCACUUCUAGUGCUGAAAUUUCUCAGUUGAAGGUGUCCAUGGGUAGAUCUUUCCAGACAAUAGAUAUCUCCAGGCUCCUAAAUGGUGAUUAUGGGUUUGAGAGGACCAUUUGUGUCAGUAUUAUGGACUUUGGAGUUUCAACUUCAGAUAGUCUGCUGCUGCUUUUGCAAAAGGAAAUGGAUUUAAAGUCAUCAUUCUAGUUAAUUAACUGCGAUUCAAUAGUCAUUAAUGGGUUUCCACAUUGAUUAAUAAGUGUCAACAUAAUGUAUUAAAUUGUUGGCUGUCACUGGGAAUUUUCACAGCAUCUUCAUUAGUCUGGUAUUAUUUCUAAUGCAUGCAUUGCUUCUAACUAGUUUAGCCCUUGCAGGAGGAAAAUGCCACAGGCGAGCCUCAGACCGUCUGAAUUAGAUUCUCGUAUUUCUGAAAUAUCAGGUUUUUGAAGUCACUCCCCAUAGUGUUACCAUUUCGAGGAUGAAUUCUUUGAUGAGGCCAGUCGUGUACAGGAAUGGUACUUGUACAGUUUUUGUUCUUGACAUUUUCCCCAAGAUGAUAGCUUCCAAUCUCCGAGUUACAAGAAAUGCAUGUUCAGUCUCUGCAAGAGUAUGACAGUAAUAUCGAGGUUCUGCCAUUUUUGCCAUUUUUGCUAUUUGAGUGAGCAUUAUGCAAUAUUAAGCCGAGGAUGCUAUGUGCAGGUCUGUCGAAGCUCUGAAUUUGGUGCAAUCUCAAAAUAUGUAAACCUAUCAUGCAGGCAGACUGUUCAGUUUGGCAUUUGGUGCACUCAAAUUGGCCUGUUUAUCUCUGGGUCCAAAUGUCAUUGACAUUCUUGUUUUGAAGAGUUUCUGAAAUUUGAUCAUACCCUUUUUAGAUUACAAACUCUUGAGUCAGUUUUCCUCGAUGCUUAUUCUUUUUUUUUUUUCUUUCUUUCUUUCUUUUCAUUUUUUAAACCUGAUAUUUGAUUAAAUUGAAUGAGAAUAGUUUGGAUUAAAUUGGUGUUUGCUCCAA